CUGUCAGGACAUGUCUGUAAAACAUUCGCGUAAAACAUUCGCGUAUUUUUUAGGGAAACUCGCGUUUGGUUUGGUGACGAGCCUACUCUUCGGUGGGUACUGGGUUAGUCGAACCUAGUAUCUAGCUAAGUGCAUACCAUAGACUGUAUAAAAACAGGAGCAUACGCCAUCAGACCAGGAAAUACUUGACAGAAGCCGGGUAGCUACCUCGCUGUUACCGGCAAGCGAAAGGAAAGCUUGUCAUUUUGUGUAGCGCUUGUGGGCUCAUAUUCACCUAACGUUAUUGGUUAAAUAACUUCACCAGCGUUUGCCGCCGUUUACUUGCAAGCUGCCAAAGAUACGCUACUAUGGCACCAAAGGACAUACAGCAACAAACGUAUGAAAUUAUCCAUUGUCUUUUUGACCAAUCUCCAGAAAACAGCGACAAGACAAGUCAAGAUAUCGAGACGGACUGCCCAGACGACGACGAUGAUUCAUUUGACCCCGUUAUAAUUGCUGAUAAACUUCGAGAGGUGGGUGAUGAACUUGACGAGCAGGUGAUCCACCAGUUUAAGAAUGCCUUAAAAAGUUCUUCGCAAAUGCAGGUGGAGGCGGUCUUCAGAAAGACCGCAGAAAUGUUGUGCCAUACGUGGAUGUCGGAAAGAGGGGAAGUGGCAAUGGAGAAACAUCUGCUUAGAGCCACAGUCAUGCUUGGACUGUACGUGAAGAGGAACUGCCCACGCAUGAUACCAUCCAUCCAGGGUGUCAUGGCAACCUUCCUCAACACCCGUGUAACCCUGUGGGUUUCCCAGCAGGGUGGCUGGGACAGAGUUGCGUCUGAAUAAAGAAAUUUCAGUGGAAAGACCGUGUGACGUACGAAAGGGAAAUGUGGCACCCUCACAACCCGGAGUCCUGCUUGCACAAUCAAGUGAAGAUGAAAUCAUCUCGGGACUGAUUUUAUUUACGCGUUGUUUUAAUCCCCUUGUUUUUUUAUUUGUUUUUGUCGUCAUUUAUAAUGAUCCCAGUCAUAUUUGUAAGCUCCUCCCUCCCUGCUGAAAGGUCCUCCAUCAUUUUGGAAGAUGGAGCAACGCCAGCCCGUUUCCAGCUUCGAGCCGCGGCUUCGCUCUGUACCCCUCCAGCUGAGCUGCGCAGUCACUGCAUACCCCCCCAGCUAGCUGCGCAGUCAUUACAUAGAACAACGCUGCUCAUGGAACAAAUGCAAGUUAGCCACAGGCACCCAAUUUGGCCAGUGGAGAUUCCAGGAGCUCAUUCCAGUUGCUUAUUUUAUCCAUCCUUGUUUCCUCGGUCCUUCACCGACCCGGAAGUCAAUCGAGGUCUGUCAUAUUUAAGGUCAUUCCGACCCAUUAAAUGCUUUUUGAAGGAGCGAGGAGCUAGGAGGCUCCCGAAGUAUGCUUCAAUGAGGACAAACGAGCGAAUACUUUGUGGAAGUAUUUUUUUUGGAACGUGACAUACAAACGAUCCACCUCUCCCCAUCUGUAAUUGACGUGGCUUCAGACGGACACAGAGCAAGGACCUUCCAUUUGCCUGAUGCACACUCCCUCGAUUCCUCUGUCCUGGCAUCCUUUCCUCGCGUCCUUUGUUCGGUGGAGGUAAGGAAGCGAGGAAAGGAUGUGAGGAAAGGAUGAAAGUGGUAGAAUAAGCGAUUGGAAAGAGCCCCAGUACGUGGCGAGGCAGAGAGCAGUUUGGUAACUUCAACUCUCUCUGCCCAGGGAACACUAGGCCCACUGUCAGUUGUGCACUGCCCUGCUGGCUUACUGUUUGCUGACUGUAACUCUCUCCAGGGAACACUAGACCUACUGUCAGUUGUGCACUGCCCUGCUGGGUUACUGUUUGCUGACUGUAACUCUCUCCAGGGAACACUAGACCUACUGUCAGUUGUGCACUGCCCUGCUGGGUUACUGUUUGCUGACUGUAACUCUGCCCAGGGAACACUAGACCCACUGUCAGUUGUGCACUGCCCUGCUGGGUUGCUGACUACAGUCAGCAGUGGCUCGGUUGCGGUUCGAUUCUCAACCGCCGACUUCUUGAAAGCUCGCAUUUCCAAGGUCGGAAAUACAGCUCUCUUGUGUCCGCGAACUUGGGACAGACUAGGAGAAUGGAGGCGUGUACGGAAAUGAUUUCAUUUUCUUUACACUGCCCAUCUCUAAAUGUCUACUGAAUACAGUGUUCCUGCUCAUCUACAGAUAAGGGACGGGUUACAAAAAUGCUGCUGCUUUUCUCAGCCGUUUCUUCCAGAGAAACUGCUGAACAUGCCUUUGAUAUGUGACCAUGCACGACGAUACCAUUUCUUCCAGAGGAUUGCGUAUUAAAGUAGUAUUGGUUCACCGAGCCUCGGGUUCGACCCUCGGGGUACAGAAUGAAACAUGUGUGACUGGGUGGCUCAUUCGGAGAGUUCCUGAGCGGGGUUUGGUACCGAAAACCAGUAGCACUAUGGCACUGGUUCUCAUACGACUGGUACCUACCGGACCAAAGUUAACUUUAUGCUCAUUUGUCGACCAAGUCAGUGACAGCAGGUACUGUUAGCUAGCUGGUGUUAAACUUGGUCAAAAUGCCAAAAGUGAAACUGUCUAAAGUGGUUGUAUUUUACCCUAAAGAAUUAAAAUAAUUGGUUUUGCCUUUGCAAUAAAAAAAGAUGUUCUUUAA